GGUAAAAUGGAAGCUAUAUACAAGCUGAAGAUUUUUGUGAUGUUUCUAUCUCUAGCUACUUUCACAGUCAUGGUGAUACUGAAUGCUGGAAAUGCCACUGGUAUAUUCAAAGGUCUGUUCAGGACAACCCCUGGAAACAUCUCGGCAAAAUACAACACUGACUUCACACCAGCUGGCUGGACUUUCCUCAUCUGGAAUGUCAUCUAUGCCUGGCAGCUUGCCUGGCUUCUCUAUGCCUUGUCAGGGAUCUGUCGAAGGAAUGAACUUGGAUGUGUCUACAUAAAGCCAGACUUGUUGCCAAUACCUUUUUACAUGGUGUGGAUUCUGAAUAAUGGCCUCAAUGUUGGAUGGCUGUUUCUGUGGGAUCGAGAAUACCUCAUCCCAGCCCUGGUGUUUCUGGCAGCCCUCACUCUUACCACGUGUGCUGCCCUCUUCAUUUCACACAGAGCGUUGAGCAUCCAUUCGUCGUGGCUUGUGAAGGGUCACAAAGCUGAGCUCUGGCUCAUCCGCAUCCUAGUCCAGAAUGGGCUGGCGCUAUAUGCAACGUGGACCACCAUUGCUACUCUGCUGAACUUUGCCAUUGUGUUGAUCUACAAAUGGAAUGUGUCCAAUGGGACAGCAACAACUGCUUCUCUAAGCAUCCUUACUCUCCACCUAGUAAUAUGGUUUUAUCUAGAAAACUUCUUUCUUGACAAAUAUGUCCGGUAUACCCUUACAAUCUACCCAGUGGUCAUAAUAGCUUUGACUGGCAGCGCAUUUGUGCUGCUGGCAAUUACUUGUUUGAUCUUUGCUGUUCGACUGGGACUAGUCACGUGGAGACACUGUAAGAGAGCACUGGAAGCAGCAGAAACUCUGGAUCCAUCAGGCACAGUGGCCUGA